ACCAGGGGUCGGACUGGGAGGCGUUCAGCCCACCUCGGGUGGGAUUAAGAUGAGUCACCUCAUCACACACAAACUCAGAGUCCCCUGGACUGGUGGGACUGGUGGGACUGGUGGGACUGGUGGGGGGAGCUUAGAGGAGCGGACCUGUUUUAGCCCCUGAAACUGGAGCAAUCUCUAAUUCUUAUUCCUUAAAAACCACAGUUUGUGUCCAGUCUAAUGAAACUUUUAGUUGGAGAUAAUUAGAGUCGUGUGUGGGCUUGAGUUUUCUCUGAAACGGUUAUUCUCGCGCCACACGUKCGUGCGUAAAGUGGAGGACGGAGCGCGCGCACAGGCUGCAGCUCGCUGCGGGAGCAGCUGCGAUCAGACGCGUGAUUCGGAGCGGGAGAGAGGGACAUGGACGGUUUGUCCCCGGCAGAACAGCUUCCCGGGUCCACUSUGGUCUCAGCCGGUCCUGAAUCCUGGAAAUGAGACUUGACAGGAUUUUAUAAGGACUGUUUUUGGAGACAUGGCUGCUCUGUGAGACUUCCUCAGACGGUGGAUCGGUGGGAAACUUCUCUCUGAAUCGGAGCAGCAGAAUCAGAGACGCGUCAUGGUGCUCAGCCGUCUCCUGCUGCUGCUCGGCUGGACUCUCGUGUCCGAGCUCGUGGGAGCUCAGAACGACACGGAGCCGAUCGUCCUGGAGGGUAAAUGUCUGGUGGUGUGCGACUCGAACCCGGCCACGGACUGGAGGUCCUCCUCCUCUCCGCUCGGCAUCUCGGUGCGCGCGGCCAACUCCAAGGUGGCUUUCUCUGCAGUCCGGAGCAACAACCACGAGCCGUCCGAGAUGAGCAACAAAACCAGGAUCAUCUACUUUGACCAGGUGCUUGUGAAUAUAGGAAACUACUUCACAUUUGAGUCUGUGUUUUUGUCCCCGAGAAAAGGAGUCUACAGUUUUAACUUUCAUGUCAUCAAAGUCUACCAGAGCCAAACCAUACAGGUGAAYUUGAUGUUGAACGGGAAGCCAGUCAUCUCUGCCUUUGCAGGCGACAAAGACGUAACCCGCGAAGCUGCUACUAAUGGAGUUCUACUUUACCUGGAGAAAGAGGACAAAGUUUACCUAAAGCUGGAAAAAGGAAACCUAGUGGGUGGAUGGCAAUACUCAACGUUCUCCGGCUUCCUCRUUUUCCCCCUGUAAAAAGAUUUAAAAAAAAUAAAAAAAGGCAAGAACAAUUGUAAGCCUAAUGACUUCUUCAUGAUGUGUUGUCACAGUAUAAUCCAAACAUUGCUGCUUCAUCUGUUGGAUUUGGCUCAGUGGGUGAAAAAUGAGAGGAGGAAAAACAUCACAGCAUAGAGAGGAAGUCAGACUUUGGAGAUGGCUCACAUGUCUGGAGGUGUCCUGCUCAGAUGACAGAGACUUUAAAUGUUCCCCAUCACCACCACUCAAACUGAGAGGUACAUCCUGAACAUACACAUCACAGUAUGAUGUGUCCAAAUAUUCUAGAUCUGUUUUAAUUAAUGACAACUAUUGUAUCCAAUUACAUUUUCAUUCGUAGGUUAUWAAUUACACCGGCCUGUUGGAUGAGUUAAUUGUCAAAUUGUCCAAAGUUUUCAACUGUUCAGACCAGGUUGAUCAGAGGAAGGAAUGCACCCGCUUCAGAUGUUAUCAUCCAUGAAAUGAACGUUAAUAGGCCGUUAUCAGUCCCAUAGAAUGGC